AUGAAAAUCUUUUUUCUCAAAGCUUCUUUUCUUUUAUUGCUGACUCUUGAUUUAACAACUUGUGUGUAUUCUGAAACAAAGUGUCGUCCAAGUGGUAGAAUCAAAGGAAAGAAAACUCCUCAAGGACAAUGCAACCAAGAGAAUAGAGAUACGAAGGCAUAUCUUACUCUAAACAGUUUUCAGAAAGGCGGAGAUGCAGGCGGCCUUUGGGAAUGUGACAACAAGUAUCAUAAUGAUGACACUCCGGUGGCUGCACUUUCUACUGGAUGGUUCAACAACAAGAGUAGGUGUCUUAAUAAAAUUACUAUCAGUGCCAAUGCAGGUAGAAGUGUGGUGGCUAUGGUUUUUAAUAUAUGUGAUUCCACAAUGGGAUGUGAUGAAGACCAUGAUUACCAGCUUCCUCGCGAAAAUAAUAGAGAGUUUUUUCUAUGA